AUGUCAGACUACGAGGAUGAAAUGGACGUCGAUGCGCCCGCCAAGGACGUCCAGUUCAGCUCAGAGGAUGCCAGUGGGAAGAAAAGGACAGCGGCCGACCUGCCCAUCGAAGCUCAAGACAACCUCCCAUGGGUCGAGAAAUACCGCCCCAAUACCCUGGACGAUGUCUCUGGCCACCAAGACAUUCUAGCCACUAUCAACAAAUUUGUUGAAGCCAACCGCCUACCUCACCUUCUCCUGUACGGGCCCCCGGGAACCGGCAAGACCUCGACCAUUCUCGCCCUCGCUCGGCGGAUAUACGGCACGACGAAUAUGCGCCAGAUGGUGCUGGAACUCAAUGCCAGUGACGACCGUGGCAUUGACGUUGUCCGGGAACAGAUUAAGACUUUUGCCAGCACAAAGCAGAUCUUCUCCAUGGCCCCGCAAUCCGCGGACAAGUCCUCCCUCGCCGGCUUCAAGCUGAUCAUCCUCGACGAGGCCGACGCCAUGACCUCCACCGCGCAGAUGGCCCUGCGCCGAAUUAUGGAGAAAUAUACUGCGAACACGCGGUUCUGCAUAAUUGCAAACUACACACACAAGCUCUCCCCAGCACUUCUAUCGCGAUGUACCCGAUUCCGAUUUAGUCCCCUCAAAGAAGCCGACAUUCGAGUGCUCGUGGACCAAGUCAUUGAGAAAGAGAAUGUUCGCAUCCAGCCCGAGGCUGUGGAUAGUCUGGUACGACUGAGCAAGGGCGACAUGCGAAGGGCGCUGAACGUCUUGCAAGCCUGUUACGCCAGCAGUAUCCCCUUGCCCCUACGUGAUGCGCCAAAAGCCCCCCUGCCGGUAUCCGAGACCAUCACCAACGCGACUAUCUACGACUGCAUUGCGGCGCCACACCCAGCCGACAUCCAAGAAAUCAUGAGCACCAUUCUAUCGACCAGCGACGUGACCUCUUGCCUCAAUACCGUGAAUACGCUCAAGACGACCAAGGGUCUGGCGUUAGCUGACAUCCUCUCCGCUCUGGCCGAGCAAUUGCAGCAGCUCGAAGUACCGCCGCAGACGCGCAUCACCUGGCUGGAGGGGCUGGCCGAAAUCGAGUGGCGACUGUCCGGCGGUGGAUCCGAGGCCAUUCAGACUGGCGGACUGGUGGGCGUCGUGCGGAAUGGCUGCGAGUUGAUGGGCGAUAAGGGCGUCGCUUUGGCAUGA